AUGAAGAUUGCCUUGGUUAUACUUUUCAUCCUAACAUCUUUGUUUACUAUAAAUAUUGUUUAUGAAUAUAUUCAUACAUUUAAUUCAAGAAAAUUGAAACCUAAGAAAAUCGCGAAUGAUAAUAAGAAUCUUUUGGAGUUUUUUUUACAUGUUCAAAUUUUGCAAGAUAUCAUUGUAGCAUCGUUCGUUAACUUUUUAAUUAAAAUUAAACUAUUCUUUCAUUGCAUAGCACGAUUUUUUCUUUUUAAUAAAAACUUACAUAUUCCAAAUACAGAUGAUAAUAAUAAGCAAAUUUCCAUACAUGAUAAUUAUGAUAAUGAUGAAAAUAUCAAAGAUGUGAAUAAAAAAUGGGAAAAUGUUCAAGUAAAGACAAUUUAUUUUAUAAGACAUAGUGAAUCCAUAUGGAAUAGCAUUUUUAACAGAACAUUUUCAAUAAAAACAUUUUUAAAUUUUUGCUUAGUACUCCUUUAUGAAGUUUUCUUUUUCUUUAGCAAAAAAUCUGCACUUAUAGAUUCCCCACUUAGUAAUACAGGUAUUAUUCAGUCAAUUGAAUUAUCAAAUUUUUUACAACAUGAAAAAGGUACGAUUAACGACGCAGAUAAACUUUGUGCAGUACCCAUAAAUUCAAUAGAAAGAACUGAAGAGAAAUACAAUUUGGAUGCAAAUAAAAACAUUGAAAUGUCAGAGUUCAGAAAAAGUGAUAUUAAAAACGAAUUGAGCAACAGAACAAGUGACGGUGCAGAUGAUGGUGAUGAUGAAAAUGAUCAUGUUAAUGUGAAUCUUAAUGUCAAUCAUAUGGACAAUGCUAAUAAUGCAGAUAAUAAUAACCAGGUUAAUAAGUUUCUUGAUCAUGCAUAUGCAAAGGAUGGAAAAAAAGGAAUAUCCGGAUCAACACUAAGGAAAAGAGGUAAUAAUAAGGAUUCUUGCGAUAAUACACAGAAGAGUAAUGUAUACGAAAAUGGAAAUAUGGAUAAUGAAGAUGGUGAUAAUAAUAAUAAUAAUAAAUAUUUUCCUAUUCAUUCGAAAGAUACGAAUAUGGAUCAGCAUAAUAAUCCUGAGCAUGAAAACUAUCAACGAGUGAGCAGAAACAACUGCUGCGAACGAUACAACCAUAAGGAAAUUAUUAAUUUAAGUUUGAAGGAUCAUAUUGAUAUCCUCAAUAAUAGUGUAAAGUAUAGAAGUGCCAUUCUAUGUUCAGAUUUAAGAAGAGCUAUAUCCAGCUGUGUUAUAGCCCUUUAUAAUAGAAUAAAGAAACAUAAUGAACAAAUACAAGUACUAAAUUCACUGCAGGAAAUAAGUAGAAAUCCAGAUUGUGUAUCUUUGUUUGAUUACCAUGAUAAUACUUAUAUAAGUACAGACAUUGAAAAUUUUGUGCAUAAAGAUGUUGAUAGAAUAUGUAAAAAAAAUAUAAACGUUAAAAGGAAUUUUACGAGUAAUAAAUUUUAUGAUACACUUUCAUAUAUUUUUAAUAAUGAUAUGAACAUAUUCAUAAUAUUUGGUCAUAGUUUAUGGUUCCGCCUCUUUUUUAAUUAUUUUCUCAAACAAUCGCACAAGGCUAAAACGCAUAAAAUACAAAACUCAGGAGUUGUCGUUUUUAACAUGUUGAAAUAUGAUCAAGAUGAUCAAGUCCAUUAUGAAAUCGAAAAGGAUAGCAUCCGUGUGCUAUAUAAGGGGUUUCUAGAGGAGCACAACAAAGCUGAAUAG